AGCAGCUGACAGCAACAUGGCGGCGGCAACGGCGGCUGCAGCCGGGCGGCGUGGCGGGGGGUUGGGGCGGCCGCCGGCGCCCGUGCCCGUGCCCGUGGGGGACGUGCCGCCCGGCGGGGAGCUGGUGCGGCCCUCGGUGACGGAGCUGUCCCAAGUGAGGACCAACAUCCUCUGCACGGUGCCCGGCUGCGGCAAGGUCCUGCGCAACAGCCCGGCGCUCAACAUGCACCUCAGCAAGGCCCACCCGCUCCAGGAUGGAAAAAUUAAUGCACCAAUAAGGAAGGGUUUGAAAACUUCACAGAAAUUCUACUGCUGUCCGAUUGAAGGCUGCCCUAGAGGACCAAACAGACCAUUUUCCCAAUUUUCUCUUGUAAAACAGCACUUUAUGAAAAUGCAUGCUGAAAAGAAGCACAAAUGUGAUAAAUGUAGUAACUCCUAUGGUACAGAAUGGUACUUGAAACAACACAUAGAGGUCUGUGGCAAGACUUUCCAGUGUACUUGCGGAUGCCCUUAUGCCAGCAGAACAGCAUUACUGUCUCAUAUUUACAGAACUGGCCAUGAAAUUCCUGCGGAACACAGGGAUCCUCCUAGUAAGAAAAGGAAAAUGGAAACCUCCGUACAUAAUCAGCAGUUGGCAGAGAAAGCAAAUGAAGCAUUCAUCAGUACACGCAAUAACAAUCCUGGCGCUCAGGAACUAGAGUCCUCUGAAGUGAAACUAGUGGCCUCUCUUGAAGGCUCCUGCAGUUCUAACUUCACAAACCAAAUGCAGCCAAGAAGUACACCGAAGAUGCUUUUACCAAAGCCUAAGGUGGCUUUGGUUAAACUUCCAGUGAUGCAGCUUGCUCACUUGCCUAUAUAUGUAUUUGCAACAGAGUCUUCUGUCAAACCUGCUGUAGUGGCUGUUGAUAAUCGAGGUUCAGUUGUGAGUACUGUUCAUCUAUUGCCUCAAUCUAUAGGAAUUCUGAUUCCAGCACUGGAGGCAGAAACACUUGUAUUUAAAGAUACUAUGCCUGUAUCAAAAGUGACAAAUUCUGGUGAUCAUGAACCAGUAAGUACUGGUGUACAAGUUGAGUUGGAUAAGGUUACAUCAAACAACACAGCACAAGAGCUGGGGAAUGUUUGUCACAAGAAUAAAAUUUCUUCAAUAAAUAUACAGACUGACUUAUCCUAUAUUUCACAGAACUUUUUACCGGCUGCAGCCUGGACUCCCAGUUCUUCUGUAUCCUCUUGCUCUCAGACAGAUCUGUCAUUCAGUUCGCAGGUUUCAUUACCCAUCAGUGUGCAAACACAGACACUGCUGCCUGCUUCCAAACUGACUUCAUCCAUAGCUGCUCAGACUGAUGCUUUUAGUCAGGUUUGUUUUCCAACGUGUGGCAUUUCUAGAGAGACCCAAACCAGCAGGACACAGGACUCUAUUGAUGGAAGAGUGCAGAUGGACCAGGCUGUAAUGUGUGGUGACAUCUUUGACAAUGUUCAUUCAUCAUAUAAUGUUUCUACUCACAUUGAACUUCCAGAAAACAAUUUAAUGCCUGCAAAUAUAGAUCAAACCUUGCUGCAAAGGAGUAAUUGCAAGAGCCUGAAUCAAGAUACGGUGAAGUCUGAAUCCCUUAUCAGCUUCAAUACACAGACUAAUAUACUUCCACCUCAAAAUACGAUGGAUAAUCAAACCCAGACAAUGGACCUGCUAAAUGAUCUGGAAAACAUCUUUUCAGGAAACAUGUCUGGCCAGACACUGGAUAAUCGUGGCCUUUUGUCUGAGACAAGUUCUAAUGCUGACACACAUUUGCCAUCUGGUCCAUCACAGAGCACGGGAAUAGACUUUGACAUUGAAGAAUUCUUUUCAGCAUCCAAUAUCCAAACUCAGACUGAAGAGAGUGAGCUUGGUACCCUAAACUCUGAGCCGGUUUUGGAGUCACUGGACAUUGAAACUCAGACUGAUUUCUUAUUUGCAGACAGUGCCACUCAAUCAUAUAGCUGCCGAGGAAAUUCUAACUUCUUAGGGUUGGAGAUGUUUGAUACACAGACGCAGACAGACUUGAAUUUCUUUUUGGACAGUAAUACCCACCUGCCUUUAGGAAGUAUUCUGAAGCAGUCUAGUUUCUCCAUGAGUACUGACUCAUCUGAUACAGAAACCCAGACAGAAGUAUAUCCAGCUACUAAAAAUAUGCCUACUCAGAAUACUGAAAGCAAAGUCCAACUCAGUAGCGCUGAAACACAGACUAUGGAUAGCUGCUUUGAGAAUCUAGGGAGUUUAUUCCUUACCAGCAACGAGACACAGACAGCAAUGGAUGACUUUCUUCUGGCCGACUUAGCCUGGAAUACAAUGGAGUCCCAGUUCAGUUCAGUAGAAACACAGACCUGUGAAGAGCUGUGCUCCUUGUUUCAGAGCUCUGACAAGCCCAGCCAUUGAGUACCAUGUGAUAUAACUGUUUCCUGGGAUUUGAAAUUAAGUUAUUGGGGUAGGAGAGAUGGCUUGACCAAGUUAUCCACUUUGCAUUAUUGAAUGUAGUUAUCGUGAGCAGUUUGCCUAAGAGACUUUUCACGCUGAAGGUACUCUGUUGAAUAUGUAACUUUACAUAAGCUAUGUGUGUAUAAAUGGAGGGGAAGACGGUUGUAACAUGUUAAUGGACAUUUGAACCUUAAGAAAAGACUUACGUGGUGCCUAUGUCUUUUCCUCAAACUUCUUUACAAAGCUGAUACUGCUUUCAUUUAAACGGAAGAACUUUUAAAGUUGUUCUGUAGAUAUAUAGAUAUAUACACACACAUGUAUUUAUUCCUGGCUUACAUACGGGGUUCCAACGUGCUGGACCAAAACCCUGACCUGUCCAAUUCAGAUGCUUCUCUGAACUCAUGGGGGAGGAUUCUAUUAGUGUAAGCUACUUCUGCUUACUUUUUUUAGUAGCUUGUAUUUUAAAUCUGGCAUGAACAUAAUAAGCUGUAUUAUCUUCUUUUACUUUAUGCCUUCACAGCUCUUUCUCCUACAUAAGUUGGUAUUUUCCAAAUACCUGUCCAAUACACUAGACACAUAUAGACUCUUGAAUGGUUGAAUAUAUUUAUUAUUAAAAAUACGUAGAAAGCAGUACUUCUUUUAUUUUUUGCCCUGAGUGGCACUGAUACCCUUUGAAGGGUAGGAAGAGAACUUGGAAUACAUAAUUGUAGGGAAAAUUAGUAUGUCCUCCUUUUAGCUAGUGUAAUAAAUGGGACUAAAAUUUUUAGAGUCUUCAGGAGGGAUUUGCUUAAAUUAUUUCUGUCUGUAAGUUGCAAAUGUUAUAAUGUGUGUGCCUCAAAGACUGGAAUAAUUUUUUUUUCUGAAAUUCUCCUAGCUUUAUUAAGAUAAAAGUUGAGAAAUGUCAAAGUGAUUUAUACCUCUCUUACCUUAACAGAAAUAUUUAGAAAUGGGAAAUUAAAUUCUCUAAAAUGCUCACUCACCUAGACUCCUCGUUUUGGACUUCCCAUUUCCAAAAAAAUUGGAAUUCGUACAACAGAGCUUGGAGAUCAGCUCACAGAAGUUCUUUCAGAACAGCUGUAUCUUGCUUUUGCGCAUUGAUCUGCAGACAUCAGUUCCUGCAACUUUUAGAGAGUUUUUCUGAGUAUAGUCAAAUACAAACUGAUUUUUCAGAGAAAUGUGUCACCUCUUUGAAUUUUUCUUAAUGUUAAUCUUGCCCCUCCAGCCGUUGUGUGUAGUAGUUUUCAUUUGCAUGAAAAAAACCCUAAGCCAGUUGUGAAUGUAUGAUGGAAUUUGGCCUUAACAGAUUUUUAUCUCUUACUAUAAUACCUGCAAAAUGUAUGCCUCUGGUUUUGUCCUGGAGGGUUUUAGUUUCUGUUACCUUCAGUGAAAAGAGAAAUCCCUUCGUGUCAAGUUCCCAGGCCUGUAACAGACUUUGUUCCUCUACUGUGAGAGGAGAUGCAUUGGCUGCAUAUUUAUUAGCCUACCUGUCCAUAAAUGUGUGUCCAAGCCUUAGUUUUUGAAGACUCACUAUGCUUUGUGCUUCAUAUCCUCAAAAAGGACGUGGGAGUUAAGUUACUCAUCCAUUGCAGCUAGCUUGUUUUCUUGAAAAUGAACACUGCUUUUUUUUUUUUUUUGUCUAUUCCUACCACUCUUUAAAUUGCCAUAGUUAGCACACUAAUAUGGUAAGCGUCUCUCCUUUUACUUGAAAUUAUCUCCUUAGAUUAACCCUGAAACUCAUAUUUUCCACCUCAAAAACUCCUGAAACCACAGCUGUGUUGUCUGUUUAAUUUUUCAACAUUUCUAGGUGUGAGUUCAGACACUUGAAGUCUUGGCCGAAGAAACUGCAGAAAGGAAUCUUGCAGUUCCCCCCCAGGAGUACAGUAAUUCUGCUUUGGGGAAAGUCCCCCCAGGUUUCACAGUGCCUAGGGUUCUGAUCCUAAAGGUGGGAUGGGUUAAAAAGGAAGGCAUUGCCUGUAAUUCUGCUUCUUCUGGAGAUACAACUGAUUCAUAUUUACUUGCCUACUUUGAACUAGGGAAAUAAAUGGCAAAAUUAGGUUAAUUUAUUCGAUUGCAUUGUUUUUCUAGUGUUGCUUCUUCAGGUUUUAAAGUGGUUUUCCUUCUUUCUUCCCCCUGGCUGGAAUACCAGAGAACAUCUCUUCAUACAUACGCUUCUGUUUCCCAUGUGCAAGUUGUCAGUACUGACACAUGAAAGAGAAGCAGUUAUUAUAAAUCUGGUUGGGGAAAACUGCAUUUCCCACGCUGUAGAAGGCAGAAACUGUUCAUUACCUCUGAAUUUAGAAAGCCGGUCUUUUUCCUGCAAGAGGAGGAAUCUUAGGUGAUGAGGGGCAGAAUUACAGAAGGCUUUGAAUUGUAGCCAUCUGAGACACCAGCUAGCAUUUAAAGAACUUUGAAACUAAUUUACAAAUCAGGAUGAGAAUUGCCACAUUCUUAGGUUGUAAGUCAAAUCUCUUAACAUCAGUGGCUAUCAGAAGAAGUCUUUAGGUUUGUGUGGAUGCAAUCUUACAAUGUAAUCAUUACUCAGUUAUUGUACUUUGUAAUUAAAAGUACUUGAGCUUUGUGUGUUUUAUUAGAACAUGCAAAUACCAUUCCCUUCCCUCAUCCUAUGGGUUUAAAAUAGUUUGAACUUUAAAUUAGGUGAACACAGUACUACAACAUGAAAUUAUUUAUUGAGAAUGCAAUAUUAAUAAAUUACUAAAUAUGACUGCAUUGCCUUAGGGAAGUGGCUCAUUCUGACCAAAAUUAACUUGUUUCCUCACAGAUUUGAUUCUCUAUAAAUUGUCCAUAAAAGUCAGAAAAGAGGCUGGAUCCUAUAUUGCUGGCAUAAGUAACUCAGUUUGGAUUUAUUAAGUGUUUUUGUGAAAAUGUGAAGACUGCAACCAGACUUAAUAGUUCGCUGAAUCCCACAGUAAACCUAAUGGAACCUGAUCUGAAAUACUGUUGCUCAAUAUUAUGAACUCUUAAUAUUUGAACAAGGUCUUUAAAAUGGCUAAUUUUCUAUUUUGGCCAUUGCUUUAAAAAUAAACUUCAGUCAGAACUGUUUCUUGGCAGUACUACAAUGAUACUUAACCUCCCUUUUUUUGUAGUUUGAUUUGAUUUUCAAGGCACUGUCUCUAUUGUAAGUUUGUAUUCUCUACUGUCAUUUGAAGUGCUAUAUAAAAAGUAACAUCAGAUUCUCCACAGCCUCUUAGCACAAAUUUGUAUCUGGCAGUGAUACUAAUGUUAUUCAUACUUACACUUUGCAUUUCCUGCUUAAUUCUGUUACACUGUGAUUGCUGGAUCUUGAUCUGGAUGCCAGUGUAAUGCUACUUGAAAAUUGAACUAGCAGUUUUGUAGUUUUACUUGAACUUUUCUUUAGUAUGUUAAAAAAAAACAACCAACCAAACAAAUGAAACCUAGCAAAUCUGGGACAUGAGAAUAUAGCAAAACUUAGCAAAUUUGGGACAUGAGAACAUAAGCACAAAACAGCUGAAAAAUGAGAGGUGUCUUGUUGCUUUCCAUAUUUGUUUGUCACAAUGCUAGAAGUCUGUAUGACAGUAGAUGUAUGUUUCUUCUACUUUGGGCUUUAUUUGCAUAUAUUUUGCUAAUAUGCUUGUAAAUACUUCUUUCUGCUCCUGGUAGGGAGGGAAUCCUCCCCCAACUCUUCAUGUCAGCUUAUAGAAAUUGGUAGUCUAAAGUCAGAGUUUACUAAUGCUACAUAUUCUUAGCUAUGCAAAGCUGCUUCUGUCUAGAAAAUUUUCACUUCCAAAGGAUAUGAAAUCUUAGAAGUAUAAAUUAAACAGCUAUAAAACAAGCCUUGUGAGACCCUGUCUAGUUUUGAACAAUUCAAUCAGUGUUUGUAACUUAAUGUAUGUAACAAACACUCCUUACGAAUUUUUAUUCCAAGGUGCGCACGCAGUCCCUUUUUUCUGUUGAAAACAGAAGGCGGAAUUCCCUGUUAGUCAUAUGUACCUUGAUUGUGUAGAGGCAACAGAACAAAGAAAUGCGACUGCCUUCUACUGCUUUAAAUCCUUAUCCUGCUAACACAUGCUCACGAGCUUAGUCAGAUCUGAUUUUUUUUUUUUUUUUUUUUUUUUUUUUUUUUUUUUGGGUGAGGCUGGGUAGAGAUGUGUGUUGGCAGGAUUGGGAUCGUAGGGUGUUAGGGGUUUUUUAAUAGCCUUUCAAAUAUAAGGUAAGUCAGUAGGACUAGUAAAUACUGAAUCAACAUAGGGUGCUCAACUUGCAAAAGAAUAUGUUACUGAAAUGACAACUCAGAGGUGAACCAAAUGUACUUGCCUUUAUCAUUAAGGUUGUACAGCUUCCUUUGCUUUAAUAUAUUUCUGAUGUGUGUUGUUUUUUUAAACAUGAUCUUAAUGUACAAUUUACUGUUCCAAAUCCUUUUGCACCAAAAUGUUGUAAACAUUCUGGGCCUUGCAAGCUUUUUCAUUCAUGUUUGGUUGAAGGUGCUGCUAUGCUUGUGUUUCUAGUAGAAUAGUCCUACUGUUAACAGACUUCCAUUAAUAAUUUUAUAUGAACACUAUGAGGGACAGGUUUAUUUAAUAGUAGCAAGCUUCCAUGCAUGGUACAAACAUGCAUCUUCUGGUUUUUUCAUUGUUUUUUAACAGUUGAUGUGAAUUUCACAGUGUGCUAGAAGGGUUUGCUGCUUAGAGCAUGACUGAAUUGUCUUGUUUCAAAUGCCAUUGCUAUGCAAUGAACAGAAUCAAGGAACUACAUUGUUCAUCUCUGCAUUGCCUUGCAGUCAGGUUAAGGGUGUGUUUGUAUUCGUGCGUGUGACUCUUCCACUUCACCGAAAAUGUAAUUGGACAGCCUGAAACAGUGGAAAUUCCUGAAGGAACUGCUGAGUUAAACAACAGAAGUCCUUUACUUCUGAUUCUUAUUCAUAUACUGGCUUUACGACAGUAUCGUCAACAUAACUAGCAGUGGAAUACAAUAGAUGACUUGUGAUGCUGUAAACUGUACAUUUCACAACACCUAAUGCUAUACAUGCAUGCUUCAAGCACUUGCAUGCAGAGCUAGAUUGACAGUAUUUGCAAGUGCAUCUAUGAUAAAGCUAGAUAUGAAAGAUAGCCAUAUUCUUUUCAGUUUACAUAAUUCAGCACCUGAUUAUGAUCCAAUUUAAACUUGUAAUUAUUUGGAAUAGAUGAGUAAUAAAUCUCAUGGGUGAAUCUUCUCCAAAGCAUGUGUGAAUUAAUUUCAAUAAGGCUAAGAAAUGUCAUUUAAAAUAUUAUUCUUCACAGCACCAGUGGGAUUUUGACCUAGUGGACAAAUUUAGUUUUCACAUGAUGUCCAUGUUUAAUUCUUGCUAUUUAAGCCAGUAAAUUUGCAAUGAGCAGACAAAAGCAAGCAUUAAUUUCUGAGACCUAUGUAACAAGUGACAAUCCCAAAGAAGGAAUGUUGUCCUAGUAAUUGUGAAACUUUUAAGUAUAUUAAUGCAUGCAGAGAAAAACUUGUGCCAAAAUACUGUUUCAUAUUUCCCUCUGUUGGAAACUGAAGUGUUACACAAAGCUACUAGUAAGUUAUUCACAAGUACUGAAACGUUUUGUCCACAAACUAAGCACUUAUUUAGUCCUGUAAAUUAUACAUAUUUUGGAAUAAAGUUAACUUCAAUCAGU